AUGUUGCACCACUAUAACUACUCGACUUCGCUUAGUCAUUUCUUGAGUUACCAUCAGUUGGAGGAGCAAACUCGGGAAAAUGAUCAGACGACUCCAACUUUAUGCGACGACCUGACUCAGGAAGAAGAUGGCCGAUGCCGUAGUAACUCUUCGGCUACAAAUAAGUCCUUUACAAUAGCUGCGAUAUUAGGCUUGAAUGGUGAUAGUAAAAAUAUAGGAAAUCCAUCCACCGAUCUUAGCGUUGUGAACCUAUCAGUGCAUCCAGUUGGCCCUGAGAGGUCGCUGGUAUCAGGUUGCAGCAGAUUACAACUUCCUGUACAUGGAGCUCCAGCCGUAGCGACGGGCCAUUAUCCCCCCGUUGGACAUGGAUGCCCACCCUCCAGACAAACAGUGAGGGGAACCUUGAAGCACAUGUCAUCGAACCUCCUGCAAAACAAAAAAAGCUGCAAAAGUAAAAGAGUUCGGACGAUUUUCACUCCGGAGCAACUGGAGCGACUGGAAGCCGAAUUCGAAAGGCAGCAGUACAUGGUUGGUCCAGAAAGGCUCUAUUUGGCCCAUACGCUUCAGUUAACAGAAGCCCAAGUGAAGGUGUGGUUUCAAAACAGGAGGAUCAAAUGGCGGAAGCAUCACUUGGAAUUGACACAUCAACGUCUCGCGGUUCUCAAACAGCAACAACUCCUUCUCGACGAUGCUCAGCCAGACGUGCAAGACACCAAUAGUUCGGGAACAGAUACGUGA